AGAAUCAGGCAGUGAUACAGACAUCAUCACGGACAGAUGAGUUUAUCAUACUUGAUCAGAACGGACAGCCCCUACAGUGUGAACACAUGGUGCUAGUGACCAGUCAGUCAGACAACGGAGAGAUGUAUGUUAUCCCCUCUAAUCAGCUAGGAGGGGCUCAGGUGUUACUUCCUAGAGGACACCUACUGGACAUCAUAGACCCUACAGGAUCCUGCGGGGAGAAGACUGCUGAUGAGAAAGAGCUUCACACCAUCACGUUAACAGCUGUUACGGAUGACAGCGGCAGUUUGACUACGGAUGACAGCGGCAGUUUGACUACAGUACCAUCAGCUGUUACGGAUGACAGAGGCAGUUUGACUAUAGUACCAUCAGCUGUUACGGAUGACAGAGGCAGUUUGACUAUAGUACCAUCAGCUGUUACGGAUGACAGCGGCAGUUUGACUAUAGUACCAUCGACUGUUACGGAUGACAGCGGCAGUUUGACUAUAGUACCAUCGACUGUUACGGAUGACAGCGGCAGUUUGACUACAGUACCAUCGGCUGUUACGGAUGACAGAGGCAGUUUGACUACAGUAACAUCGACUGUUACGGAUGACAGAGGCAGUUUGACUAUAGUACCAUCGGCUGUUACGGAUGACAGAGGCAGUUUGACUACAGUACCAUCGACUGUUACGGAUGACAGCGGCAGUUUGACUAUAGUACCAUCGACUGUUACGGAUGACAGAGGCAGUUUGACUACGGAUGACAGCGGCAGUUUGACUACAGUAACAUCGACUGUUACGGAUGACAGCGGCAGUUUGACUAUAGUACCAUCGACUGUUACGGAUGACAGCGGCAGUUUGACUAUAGUACCAUCGACUGUUACGGAUGACAGCGGCAGUUUGACUAUAGUACCAUCGACUGUUACGGAUGACAGCGGCAGUUUGACUAUAGUACCAUCGGCUGUUACGGAUGACAGAGGCAGUUUGACUAUAGUAACAUCGGCUGUUACGGAUGACAGAGGCAGUUUGACUAUAGUACCAUCGACUGUUAUGGAUGACAGCGGCAGUUUGACUAUAGUACCAUCGGCUGUUACGGAUGACAGAGGCAGUUUGACUACGGAUGACAGCGGCAGUUUGACUACAGUACCAUCGACUGUUACGGAUGACAGAGGCAGUUUGACUACAGUACCAUCGACUGUUACGGAUGACAGAGGCAGUUUGACUAUAGUACCAUCGACUGUUACGGAUGACAGAAACAGUUUGACAACAGUAACAUCGGCUGUUACGGAUGACAGCGGCAGUUUGACUACAGUAACAUCGGCUGCGGCUAGAGCUCGGCACAGAGCUCUCAGGUCUGUUUCACCUCUCUGAAACCUCUCCCAGCCAACACCCCCAACUGGGCCCUGAGGCUUCAUAAUGCUG